AUGGCCUGUGAGCUCAUGAAUGAGUUCAGACUCAGAGACUUUUGUGGGCCAAUCACAGAGCAGCUCAGAGGUCGCUCCCUCCCCCCUAUGUCACUUUCUGGCUGGUUGCCAUGGCAGCAGAGGCAAGGUGUCCCCGUUUCCUCCCCCGCUGGCUGUAGAUGUGACCCGCCUCCUCCGAACCUUCUGGGGGAAUCUACCCAACAGUCCGACUCUCUGCUCCGCCCGCAGUGCACCAUGGGAUUUGCAGUCCUUUUCCUCUUCCUCCUCUCCCUGGCGAUGUCAUCGCUGCAUGCUGAAGAGGGCGUGGCCAAUCAGGGUGGCGCUGUGCUGUGUCCUCUGCAGUGUGUGUGUGAGACGAGACCCUGGUACACUCCACAGUCUGUGUAUCAUCAGGCCAGGACGGUGGACUGCAACGAACUCCAUCUGCACAGAGUCCCGGCCAACGUUUCCUCCCACACACAGGUGCUGCUGCUGCAGCGUAACAACAUCUCCUCCAUCACGACCGAACUGGAGAGUCUGACCAACCUCACAGAACUGGACCUGUCCCAGAACCACUUCACACAGGUGAGCUUCAUGGGUCUGUCCUCUCUGGGCCGGCUGGUGACUCUGUACCUGGAGGAGAACCGCAUCGAGGAGCUGGAGGACUUCAGUCUGAGGAACCUGUCCAGUCUGGAGGAGCUCUACAUGAACCACAACCGGAUCACCUCCAUCGGACCCAAAGCCUUCGCUGGACUCACCAACCUGCUGAGGCUCCACCUGAACUCCAACCGCCUGGUGGCCAUCGACAGCCGCUGGUUCGAGUCCCUGCCGUCGCUGGAGAUCCUGAUGAUCGGGGAGAACCCCAUCCUGGGUCUGGAGGAGAAGAAUUUCUUGCCUCUGGCGCGCCUCCACAGCCUGGUGCUGGCCGGGAUGGGCCUGGCCUCCGUGCCCUCUGCCGCCUUCCUGGGUCUGGACUACCUGGAGAGCCUCUCCUUCUACGAGAACCGACUCAGGUCUGUACCGCGGGAUGCUCUGAGCAUGCUCCCUAACCUGAAGUUCCUGGAUCUGAACAGGAACCCGAUCAGCCGAGUCCAGCAGGGAGAUUUCCAGAACCUUCAGCACCUGGAGGAGCUCAGUCUGAACAACAUGGAGGAGCUGCUGAUGGUGGAACGAGCCGCUUUCCAGAACCUUCCGGAAAUCGCUAAGCUGGAGAUCUGCAGCAACCCACGACUGUCUUACAUCGACCCACAGGCCUUCAGUGAGCUGUCCUCCCUGCGGACUCUCCUCCUCCACAGUAACCAGCUGAGCCUCCUCUCCUCCUCCCUCCUCUCCUCCCUCCCUUCCCUGGAGGAGGUGUCUCUCCACUCUAACCCCUUGCGAUGUGACUGUCUGUCCUCCUGGGGUCCUCACCUGGGGAACCAGUCGCACCUGAAGAUGCUCGAGUCCUCCAUCACGCUGUGCUCCUCUCCGCCUCACCUGAUUGGCCGGGAGCUGCAGGAGGUGGUGGGGGCCGGGUGGGGGGGGGCCAACAGCUGCCUGCCUCACAUCUCUCCUCACGCCUUCCCGCCCGCCAUGAACAUCAGCGCCGGGCAGCCAAUCACACUCGAGUGCUGGGCGGACGCUGACCCCGCCCCCCAGUUCUACUGGGUGACGCCCACUGGAGACAAGGUGAGCUCGGAGGCGGUGGCUGCACCAAUCAUAUCAGAGGAGGGGCGUGGCCUGAGCAGCAGGAGGAAGAAGAAGAAGCAUCGUGUGUCGGAGCCCGGAGCGCUGGUGAUCGAACACGCCGAGCUGUCAGACACAGGUGUGUAUACCUGCGUAGCCUGGAACAUGGAAGGCGCAGACACGAAGAGCGUCUCGGUGUUGGUGGACUCCCAGGGGUCUGUGGGCUCGUGGUUGGGCGGGGGGAUCCGGUGGGGCGGUGAGCCCAGCAGAGAGCAGCCAUGGCUGGGGAACUCGUCCAGCGCUGCAGCCUCUCUGGUGGUCCUGGCGAAGGUUGUGCGCGCCCAGUCGGUGGUGUUGGAGUGGAAGUUGUAUCCCAGCGGAGGAGCUUCGUCUGUGGGUCAGAACCAGCAGGAGGGCCCCCUCCCUCUGACCCGGUGGACCAGCGCCACCGUGCACAUUGACAACCCUCAGAUCAGCUACACCGCCAAGGUCCCAGUGGAUAUCCAGGAGUAUAACCUGACUCACCUCCUUCCUGCGACCGAGUACCACGUCUGCCUCACCGUCUACUCCUCUCUUCCCUCCCCCUCCUCCCCAGUCUCCUCCUCCUCCUCCUCCUCCUCCUCCAUCUCCCCCCCUUCCUCCCCCAUCUACACCUCCUGCCUGAACGUCACCACCAGGGAGGCGGGCUUCUCGGUGGAGCUGGUGGCGUCGCGGCGCAGCAGCGUGGCUCUGGCGGCGGUGAUGGGCUCCAUGUUCGCCCUGUCCAUCAUGGCGCUGCUGGUGGUCUACAUGGGCCGCCGCGUGCAGCAGCACAAGUCCUGCGGCCACUCGCUGAAGAAGUACAUGCAGCACGCCACGGCCGCCAUCCCGCUCAAUGAGCUGUACCCGCCGCUCAUCACGCUGUGGGAGAGCGAGGCCGAGAAGGACAAGGAGGAGAGGGACGGGGGGGAGGAGGCCGGGGGGAGUCAGAUCGACACCACCAAGACCUACAUGUGGUAGCCGACGGAGAGAGAAACGAAGGGAAGGGAAGAAAAGAACGACUUUUGGAGGGUU